GGCAAUGCAUCCCGACGAUGGCUUUCUUUACUGUUACCGGUAUCUUUACGGCUUGAUGUUCUUCUGGGGCUUAAUCACGUUUCAGGCGAAAAGUUCCCGACAUGGUGGAGUCAGCUCUACCUGGUUAACGGUAAGCUACGCCCUAUUGGCACGUCUGUUUGGAGUGGCGGGUCUAAUAACAAGUGUGGCGGUAAAGCUAAAGGAUCCACAGAUGGCGUCUGCCAUGUUUAGCCACCUGACACCGCUGGUGAAGGUGAUUUUUUCAUGGGAGUGUCUCAGCUGCUCGAUUACCUAUGUGGAGUAUUGCAUUUCGCUGGAUGCGCAGCGAAAAAAGCAUCUGGAACUACUUGACAGCCUUCAGGAAUUCGAUGGGUUGAUUUCAGAGAAGUUCCCGUUGGUAAAGUGGAACUACCAGCGCACCCACAGGAAGUACUGGUACGGCACUAUGAUCGUGGGCUUCUGUUUCACCUCCUUUUCCUUCUCUUUGAUCUUCGACACGGUGCGGUGUAACUGCGGCCUUCCGUCCACGCUGCUGAUGGCAUUUAGCUACACCCUCCUAACCAGUUCUCUAGGAUUGGUGGGCUUUGUGCAUAUUGCCAUAAUGGACUUUCUGCGCCUCCGUCUGCGUCUUAUUCAAGUGUUGCUGCAGCAACUUUACCAGUUCAAAGGACCAGAUAAUGAGAAGGACAUUCACCAAAGGAUUGGACACUUGUUCAGGAUGUCCAAGCGCUGUUGCCACCUUUUAAAGGGGCUUAAUUCAGUGUUUGGAUUCGCUGCCGCCGCUGGGCUCUUCUACGACUUCACCAUAAUGACUUGUUUCGUCUACGUAAUCUGCCAGAAACUGCUCAGCAGAGAGCCCUGGGACUUGGAGUACACAUUCAUGGUACUCCACGUCUCCAUACACACCUACAAAGUGAUCAUCACCAGUACUUACGGGUAUUUGCUUCAACGUGAGAAAAUCAAUUGUAUGCAUUUGCUAGGUAAUUACUCCAAAUCCUUUCCUAACCAUGAAAUAGCAGCCCGGCAGACCGAGGAUUUCCAGCACUGGCGGAUGCACAACCAAGGUAGUGCCGUUGUGGGCAGUACCAUACCUCUCAAUGUUUCUACAAUUUACUUGAUAUACAACGGAAUGGCCAACUAUGUUAUUAUCCUGGUGCAAUUGCUAUUCCAACAGCAGCAGCAGACCAAAGAUCGCUCCAAGACACUGGUCAGUAAUGUGGAAAUAGUGGGACCCAUAGGACCCAUUACACAUAUGGAGUAAUUCAAGUAAUUUUAU